CUCACACUCUGCAACGAAAUGGACUGGUACUUUCCGGUGAUGCUCCUCUGCAUUUUCCGGCCACUUUUUGCAAUUUCAGUCGAUAAUUCCGGUCCUCUCUGGGCCGUGAAAUUCGCCAUUAACGAUCCAGAAAGCUCCCUUGAAACCUGGUCGAAAGGAAACUCUUCCAACUAUUGCUCAUGGAUUGGAAUCCAAUGCGACGAUUCAGGCUAUGUCUCUGUUCUAGACAUCUCAGACAUGGGACUUUCCGGCCAAAUAUCGCCCGAAAUUGGCAAUCUCCAGCGAUUAACCACCCUCAGCCUCGCUGUUAAUGAGUUUUCCGGCCAAAUUCCUGCUGAGAUCGCCAGAAUCUCGGGCCUCAACCUCCUGAACCUAUCUAACAACCUCUUUAAUGGCACUUUUCCGGUCAGUUUGUCAGGCCUGAAAAAUCUCGAGGUUUUGGACCUGUAUAACAAUAACUUAACUGGGCCCUUACCAAAAGGAGUUGCAGAGAUCUCAGGAAUUAAACACCUCCAUCUAGGGGGAAACUACUUUAAUGGUGAGAUCCCACCUGAAUAUGGAAAAUUGAAAGAAAUCGAGUACCUAGCUCUCUCCGGAAACGAGCUUAGUGGAAAUAUCCCAAAAGAGCUCGGAAACCUCACAAAACUAGAGCAACUCUAUCUCGGUUACUUCAACUGGUUUUCCGGAGGAAUACCACCCGAAUUUGGAAAUCUACGGCGACUUUUCAGGCUAGAUAUGGCCAGUUGUGGACUUUCUGGAGAGAUUCCGGCGGAGAUUGGGAACCUCACCCUUCUAGGCACUCUUUUUCUGCAGGUUAAUGAGCUGACAGGAAAAAUCCCACCGGAAAUGGGGAAUCUGCGGGUACUUAAGUCUCUGGAUCUCUCUAAUAACAAGCUUUCCGGCGAAAUUCCGGCGAAUUUUGCAGAGCUCAAGAACCUCAAGCUCUUAAACCUCUUUAUAAACAGCUUGAAAGGUACUAUUCCUCCUUUUGUUGCAGAGUUGCCUGAGCUCGAGGUUCUUCAGCUUUGGGACAAUGAAUUUUCAGGCGAGUUGGAUGGAAAGUUUGGCCGGAAUCUGAAGCUUUUGGACCUAUCAUCCAACAAAUUAGCCGGGAAAAUUCCGCCGGAAAUUUGCUCAGGCGGCCUACUCCAGACCCUGAUCCUCCUGAACAACUCGUUCUCUGGCCAGGUACCUGGAUCUCUUACCACGUGUCAAUCUCUGAAACGUGUACGGCUAGGAGACAACCUACUGAACGGGUCAUUACCUUAUGGUCUUUUAAGCCUUCAAAAUCUUACUCAGUUAGAGUUAAAAAACAACAAGCUGACCGGAAAAUUCUUUUCCGGCAAUCUUUCGGUGUCUGAAACCCUACUAGAGCUGAGCCUCUCAAACAACCAACUCAAUGGAGAAAUUCCAGCCAUUAUUGGCGAUUUCGGGUCACUUCAGAAGCUCUUUUUAGCCGGAAACCAAUUUUCCGGCGAAAUCCCACCUAAAAUAUGCAGCUUAAAUGAUCUCUCAGUGCUUGACCUUAGCCGGAAUAACUUUUCCGGCGAGAUUCCUGCCAAGAUCGCGGGAAUGCGAUCCCUAACUUACCUAAACUUGUCGAAAAACCAUUUAGUGGGUCAGAUUCCAGCGGCGUUUCAGGCCAUGAAAGGUUCAGCUUCGAUGGACUUCUCUUACAACGAUUUGACGGAGCCAUUAGUGGGGUCGAGUGGGUUCGGUGAAAUGAGCCGUGUAAGGGCUUGGUGGGCGAGCCUUUUGGUGCUUGCGGGUUUGGCGGUGGGCGCGAUAGGGUUCGUUGUGGGCUUGUUGAUUAGGGCUCGGGUUUUGAAAAAGGCAAAGAAGAACACAUGGAAGCUCACAGUGUUCGAUGAAAGGGUGGGUUUUAUGAGGUGUGAGGACGUUUUGGAUUGCUUGAAAGAGGAGAAUAUCAUCGGAAAAGGAGGCUCAGGGACCGUUUACAGAGGGAUAAUGCCCAACGGGGAUCAAGUGGCGGUGAAAAGAGCAAUGUGCUCGAUGCAAUCUUCAUUUCUUCACAAUGGCAACUCCACGGAUAUACAUACACUCGGGAGCAUUCGGCAUAGGAACAUAGUCCGUCUUCUAGGCUUUUGUACAAACCAAGAGACCAACCUCUUUGUUUAUGAGUACAUGCAUACUGGUAGUCUUGGUGAAGUUCUCCAUGGAACGGAUGGAUCCCAUUUGGAUUGGUACACCAGGUGUAAGAUCGCAGGAGAAGCAGCAAAGGGGCUUUGUUACUUGCACCACGAAUGCUUGCCACCAAUAGUGCAUCGCAAUGUUAAGUCAAAUAGCAUACUAUUGGACUCACAUUUUGAAGCACACAUCUCUGACUUUGGCCUGGCUAAGUUCGUGAAGGAACCCGGUUCAGAAAUGUCUGGUUUGGUUGGAUCUUAUGGCUACAUUGCACCAGAGUACGUAUUCACAUUGAAGGUGGAUGAGAAGAUUGAUGUGUAUAGCUUUGGUGUGGUACUACUAGAGUUGAUAACUGGGCGAAAACCGGUUGGAGGAUUCGGAAAUGGGGUGCAUAUUGUCCAAUCGAUAAGGGACAUGAAUGGCUCAGAUGCAGAGAUCACAGAAAACAUCCUAGACCCAAGACUCCAUGGAGUGCCUAUGAACCAAGCCUUGCAUUUGUUCAAAGUGGGCAUGCAAUGUGUUGAAGAACAAAGUGUUAAAAGGCCCACAAUGAAUGAGGUGUUGCAUAACUUGUUGGAGAUUUUGAAGUCUAUAGAUCCAAGCAUGGCAAGGGAAGACAGCAUCUAAGUGAAUUUUUUUUUUUUUGGGUGGGGUUUUGAUUGGUGUAAAGUAUUUUGGCUAAAAUUUUUCUCACAUUUUAUAGAAAAAGAGAGAAGAAAGAGCAAAAAAGGCUAGAGAAAAGGUGUGGUGGGUAAACUGUUGUAGAAUUGGGCAAUGUAUUUAUGUGGGGGGUGUGGAUGUAACAUGACUAUUUUAGUACUAUCACUCUUUUUGUGUGAAAAGGUGUAUUAUUGCGGCA